AUGUCGAACGACCACGGGAUCGAUAGCAAGCCGAAAGGUCGCGGGUACAGUGCUAGGGGUAGACGCAAGGCACUGGAGACGACGCAGGACCUGACAGCCGGGUCUGGUCUGAUGUCGAAUGACGCAAACCAUGACGACGGCGGAUCAAACACGGGAUAUGGCGAAAGCAUGGAUCUAAACAUUCGUGUGAAGGAUCGAUCAACGGAAGAGCCGCCGAAAAAGGGACGCACUGGCGGGCUCUUCAAGGAACAACAAUCUGGCGGGAUUAAAGGGCUGUUCAACAAGGAAGCGGCGGCUGGUGCUGCUGCAGAAUUGAAGGAGACGAUUAAACGGCCCCUGACUGGACUUUUUCGCCGUCCUGGCUCGCGAGCUGGCAGAAAUAAGGAUGAGGAUAAUGCGAACGAUGAAAAGGCGCCUUCUCCUAAACCCGAGAGAUUCACUGCACAAACCGGAAACGGAAGCGUUCCAUCCAAUCGCCCAGCCUAUGCCCCUUACAACCCUGAAUUGGAGGCUAUGGCGAGAGCUCCACAGAUCCCGAAAGAUGUGCUGCAACGCGUUUUUGAAAUCGAUUCGCUUGGCGGUCGUUAUCCGAACCUCACGAAGGUCGACGACAUCGAUUUGACUUUGCUCCUUCGAUAUACAUUGCCUGAGGAGGAGGUGACUGAUGAAGACACUCCCUGGAACUGGGACUACCUCUUCGCCUCGAUCACCACCGAAAUCAAGAGCGAUAUGGAUAAGGAUGAUACUGAAGGCUUUUACUUUCCCGAUGAUGGCCUGAUGAUGCGU